CGCCGAAGGAUGCUGAUCGAAAAAGCAUUGCUAUCUGUCAUUACUAUGGUCAUUUUAAAAUUGCAAUUGGCACACCUUCCUAGUGUGCAUUACUUCGAUGUAAAGCCUUAUUCCAUUGGUUUGAUUAGUAAGAUGUAAACCAUCUGUAGAUAAAGCCAAUUAUCAACUUCUCCAGCAUGCAGGUUGCUUUUGAAUUAUACUAAUAUUGCAACCAAUGCAACAGAUUUUUCAGCUGCAGUUAAUUAUAAACAACCUAUUGACUAUCGUCCUAUGGGAGAGGAGCAUCAUAUUUCUCAUAAUCCUUAAUCAUCAUCAGUAAGGUAAGAAUUUAAAUAGGCAUAUGCACCAGUAAACGGUAUUACUAUAUGUAGUUUCAUAUUGAUACCAUAUCUGAAACAGUUUCAUAAUGGGAAUUCAGAUAAAUAGAUGUCAAUCAUGAUGCAUUAAUGCGCAACACAUCCACUCAAUAUUGAUUUAUGUUGUUGGCAUAUACUGUAUCUAGCUCAUGGUCCACUUACCAUAUAUAUAGGCUACUGUAGUGGCAAUUUGGCAAAUGGUUAAAUCUUUCAUAACAGUUAUGAAAAAAUAGUUGAAAAAAUAAUUAUCGCAUGCUCAAUUGGAUUACCUGAAUUUGACUGCGCUCAAUGGUUCAUUAUGUGUUUAUAGGUAGUACUAACAUAACUAGUUAUAAAUUGCACAUUUGCAUUUCUUUACAUGACUUGAUACAUUAUUGUAAUCGUAGAUUCAAUGGUCCUCCAAACCGGGUAUUUUGAAUACUGUACAUAUGCAUCAGAAUGUAUCAGGCUACUUGUAGGCCUAGAGUGUUGGUGGAACACUAGAGCACAUAGUGUACCAAAUGUGUGUUAAACAUGUCGCUUGAAUAAUCAACCUAAUUCUGCAUUGCAGAUCAAAUAGUAAAAUGGCUGAGUAACAUGGGUGAGAGAAUUUAGAGGCAGUCCACUUGGAAACUCCUUCAUUUACAUUUUAGUCAAUUAGCAAGACGCUCUUAUGCAGAGCGAUUUACAGUAGUGAGUGCAUACAUUUUCGUACUUUUUUCGUACUGGGCCCCUAUGGGAAUCGAACCCAAAACCCUGGCGUUGCAAGCGCCAUGCUCGAGAAUUCAUAUUCAAAUCUCACAUUAACGUUCGACCUUAAUACGUGGGAUUAAGUGUCAGGGAACGUUGAGUCGGAUGGUCCUUUGCAUUUAAGGUCGUUUUCACUCAUAGGUUUGAGCUGUAGUUCGAUUCAGAGUUCGACUAUUGUUAUUAUCAUUUGUAUUUUUUAUCAUUUGGUCCGGUUGGUUUCACAUUGCCAAAUGUAAACGAACUAACAUUCCUAAACAAAACCGCGUGUCCAUGCAAGUCAUCUGUUUAUUAGACAAAAAUGCUCACGUUAAAACCGUUUAUGAUUACCAUGAAGCAUCUCUUGUCCCAAUCUUCAUAUUACUUUCGCUUUGGUCUGACGGGAGGAAACAGCACUGCGACGUGAAACCGCUAUAUUCAGUAUCCUAUUUCCCUGGUAUAGCCCCGGUAUCCCCUAAUCUGCAUCGGAUGCGCUCUUAAAUGCGCUGCUACUCACAGAACGUUUCAGAGAUCUCAGGUUAUGAUGCUGCGUGUAUUUCAUUAAAUGCUCGCAGUCAAACAAACAAUAACAAUGCGCGACUCUGGUUAUUUUCCUGUGUUUGGUCCGGACUGCGUUCUCACCUGCAGCGAACCGCACCACGGUACGAAUUGAAUCGGACCGAGUAUACCCUUUUUGAGCGAACCACGGUGCGUUGUUUAGUGCGCUCCCAUGUGCGGAUAGAGUGUUCACACGAGUGUAGCGCAAGUCUCUUCCCAGUUUAUCAGUCAUGCGCAGGUUUAUUGCAAGGGUGGCCACCUUAUCGCCUGGAGGGAAGUCCACCUCCAACAUACUUUCUGGUCAGUCUUGUAUCAUGCCUGAUACGAUCAGAUGAUAUAAUAACCUCAAUAUGAUAUGUUAUUACAUAAGGGAGAUACAGUAUAUGCCUGUAUGUCAUGGCUUUCAUAGUGCUAACACACAUAUUAUCCAGUAUCCUGAACCCUAAACAAAAAUGCAAUGAUUUAGAGGCCAUCAUGUUAAAUAUAUACACAUUUAGAUGUGUCUAUUGAAUGUUGUGAUGGUAGCAGUUGUUCAUAUGAUUAAUGACGCACUCACUGCUCCUAGCGGCUCACCAUUUUGAUCCACCAAGGAAAGGCAAUCACAACAUUCACUUGACUCCUGGAAGAAACAGGAUAGUACAGGAUGCACCGACCUUCACAACACUCAAUAAAUUAUCUCUCUCUUUCUCACUCAAUUUCACUCAAUUUCUCUCUCCUUCCUUCUUUCUCGCACCUUCUCCGUCCCUGCUUCCCUCUCCUUACCCAUCUGCCCUCUCCUUCACUCUCUCUCAUCUCACUCACUCUCUCCAUCCCUCUCCCCCUCAGCCAAACAUUGUGUGUGCCAUUUCAAUACGAUAAUGCACUCCCCUGUGUGUGUGGAGGCAGGGAUAGAGUGAGCAAUAAGCUGCACCUCAUGCAGAGGCAUCAUUUACCAGGAUCAAUGGCCCCUCCUCUCUCCCCAUUACCUGCUUUCUGAUGUCCCAUCUGUAUAUUAAACCAAACUUCAUUAACUUGCCUUCGCCAAACCUGCACUUUCAAAAUCGUUAAGCUUAACAAAACAUGUCUUUGGCAAAAGAAGUCUCUCAUUUCCCAGUGCACCUCAUUUUCUUAAUAAAGUUCGCUAGGUCAGCGUCAGUGAUUAGCAUACACAUCUGGGUCGGGAAUUGGAAUAUACGUACACAGCAGUUUUAGCUGCUCCUAUUCAGCAUUUUAAUAGCAAGCGUUACACAGAUGGACAUUUCAAUUCCAUGUAAUAGUAAAGAGAUAGAACAAUGAAUGCACCAGCGGGUAUUAAUCAUUUACACACAUCUCCCCUUAUUGUGAAUAUAUCAUGUAUAAAGCUAGAAUAUGAAUCCGGGAUUGAAGGUGAUUGGAGGUGGGUAGUGAGUGAGAGAAGGGGGAACUUGAGUCAUAGUUUCACCCUUCCCCUCAGAGCUCUGCCAUUAUUAUUGUGUGUGUGUGUGUGUGUGUGUGUGUGUGUGCGUGCGUGUUUGUGUUUGUGGCUUGACAUUUAUAUAAGUCAAUGGUGUGACUUUGGUGUGAAUAACAGGAGAGAAAUAUAUAUGUUGAUUAAAGCCAGUGUGUCAGGUCAGCUUUUAUAGGAAGGGUUUGUACAAACUCAUCAUUAGAGAAGCCUCCCUGCUGUGUAGGCUACACUUUUCUGAGAAUUGAAAAUAGCUGUGUCAGCUUUCCCCAGACCUCACUGACAGUAGCUAUGAGCAUGAUUUAAUAAUAUCAGUGAACGUUAUUGACUGGAAAUGCAAUUCAAUCAAAUGUAUUGCAUGGCAUCAUAAUUUGUAAGCAUAAAUAGAUCAUAAACUCCAGCUUUACAUAAGAUAAUUGAACGAUAGACCAGCAGUUUAAAUUCUGUUUAGUUAGCAGAGACACAGUUACUGUACAUAGGAAACAAUGAAAUCUGGAUCCAAGUUCCAGCACAUAUUGUAGAUAUGCCACUUCCGUUCUGCUUACCGUUGAUCAUCUGUGUGUCUGUAUUUAAACAGUGUGACAUAAAAUACUCCCAAUACCUGACUGCCAAAAACCUCUUGAGCCAUGAUUGGACAUAACCGUCUUCGGAAAUCGUCGUCUGCUGGUGUACUGAAAACCAAACACCAUUGGCACAUGUAAUAAAUACAGUCAGUAAGCAGUUGGCAUGAACCCAGCUGUGCCAUUGCUAACGUUCUAUUUAUACCCUAGGGUCCAGGAGCCAUUUUGGAAGAGCCUUGUCUAUUCUUAGUUUGUGUCUAGGUCAUUAUGUGAAUUGAUUCUGCUUCUCCACACUGAGGCUCAGUACGAAGUGGGUAUUGUUUUUACUGUUAUCUAUGGACUGACUUUGAACCCAAUGUUAAGCUGGUCAUUUAAGACGGUGCUUUUUUAAAUUGAAAGCUUAAUGAUUGAGAAAACCUAGGGUGUUUAUCAUGGAGCAAAUGCCAUGUACAAACAACUGUUUUGUAGUUUCCAGUGGGAUCUUUUAGCUCAAUGAUCUUUGUUGUCUGUUAAGCCUACCAGAUCCUUCCUAUUAUGUGUUUUGACCAGUGGAGGGUGCUGAGGGGAGGACAGCUCCCUUUUAGGUUGUUAUACUAUGUUUGUUGUGUAUAUACAGUAAAUUAUAAUUAGAGACUUUGUCACCACUCAGAUUAUGUUACCUCCAGUGGAGGCUGCUGAGGGGAGGACGGCUCAUAAUAAUGGCUGGAACGGAGCAUCUAACACAUGGAAACCAUGUUUGAUGUAUUUGAUACCAUUCCACCUAUUCCGUUCCAGCCAUUACCACGAGACCGUUUCUCCCCAAUUGAGGUGCCACCAGCCUCCUGUGGUUAGCUCAUGUUCUUACCACAGUACUUACUACCUAUCCGUUUGAAAAUGUCAUAUUUUCAGCUCAUUGGCAUUCCUCAUGGAUGUUUGUCUCUGCAGGCAGGCACCAUGCUGACCAGCAUUACAGAUGGGAUCCUGUGCUGUCUGACUGGGAAGGCUGCCAGCCUGGUGAUGCCCGUCGAGUCUUCCGAGCCAGCUGACACCUUCGAGUUUGUGGAGGUGAAGCCUGGGAGAGUCCUCAGGGUUCACCACAUCAUGCCCGAGCGCCUGGCGCCAGUAGUGACGGAGGAGGACCAGGUAAAGGAGCCAGAGCAGGAGAAGGGCAGUGGAAACAGCAACAGCAGCAGCAGUGUGCACUGCAAGCGCAAGAUCACUGUCUACCGCAACGGCCAGCUAGUCAUUGAGAACCUGGGUGACGUGCUGCACUCUGAGAUUGUCCAGUGCCAGGAUGGAGACAUGGAGCCCUGCAGCACCGUGGAGGUGGAACUGGCCGACUAUAAGGAAGUACCCACCUCUCCUGAACCCAAACCCGUGCCUCUCCUGUCCAUGGUUGGGGAGCAGAAACCCGCGCCCCCGCCUCGCCGGCGCCGCCGCAAGCCCAAGCGCAUGGUGAUGAUUGACUCGGAGAGGGAGAUCUCCAGCUGCAAGGGGACGCACUCGGACGUGGCGCUCUUUUUCGUGCACGGGGUAGGCGGCUCGCUGGACAUCUGGGGCAGCCAGCUGGACUUCUUCUCGCGGCUGGGGUAUGAGGUCAUCGCCCCUGACCUGGCGGGCCACGGGGCCAGCACGGCCCCCCACAUCGCGGCGGCCUACACCUUCUACGCCCUGGCCGAAGACAUGCGUGCCAUCUUCAAGAGAUACGCCCGUAAACGCAACAUCCUCAUUGGGCACUCCUAUGGGUAAGUAUGCUUGAUAUACCACAGCUGUCAGCCAAUCAGCAUUCAGGUCUUGAACCACCCAGUUUAUAACAGUAAAUGAAUAACAGUAUUUGAACAUGCCCUGAAACACAUCAUAAACUGGUAAUGACAAUGUCUGAUGAAGAAGAACCAAUCAGAGAGCAGCGUUAUGACGAUGUCACAAUGAAGGGACCAAUUAGAGAGCAGGGUUAUGAUGAUGUCAUGACGAAGGGACCAAUCAAAGAACAGGGUUAUGACGAUGUCAUGAUGAAGGGACCAAUCAGAGGGCAGGAUUAUGACGAUGUCAUGAUGAAGGGACCAAUCAGAGGGCAGGGUUAUGACGUUGUGAUGAUGAAGGGACCAAUUAGACAGCAGGUUCCCAAGACAUUGUUUUUACACGUUUGAUUAUAUCCCUUUUCAGGGUAUCGUUCUGUACCUUCCUGGCCCAUGAGUAUCCAGACCAGGUUCACAAGGUAGUGAUGAUCAAUGGAGGAGGGCCUACAGCUCUGGAGCCCAGCCUCUGUUCCAUCUUCCAGCUUCCUUCCUGUGUUCUGCACUGCCUGUCCCCUUUCCUGGCCUGGAGCUUUCUCAAGUAAGGAAAUCAUCUCAUCUAUUUGUUGACAAAACAAUAUUGAAGUGCAGACAAAGCCAAAACACAUUGCCAGACAAAAUAACAUUUGUAGAGAAAAUAACAACACAUCGCUUUACAAAUAGAACAACAACCUAUCGCUGUAGACAAAACAAAACUAAGACACUCUUCAUACAGAAAGUAUACUGUAGUGUACACUGUCAAUGCUUAGCUACUACUGCAUACAAAGAGGAAGAGGAAUUUACUGUAACACAUUAUUUAGAAUGUCAAGUAAUACUGAUGGCUAUGAGUCUUUCCAACAUGUUCAGGGCUGGGUUUGCCCAUCAGGGAGCCAAAGAGAAGCAGCUGCUGAAGCAGGGCAAUGCCUUCAACGUGAAUCCGUUCGUGCUGCGUGCCAUGAUGAGCGGUCAGUACUGGCCCGAGGGGGACGAGGUGUACCACGCUGAGCUUACCGUGCCCAUCCUGUUGGUGCACGGCAUGUACGACAAGUUUGUGCCUAUUGAUGAGGACCAACGCAUGGCAGAGGUAAGGAGACAUAAAUGAAUGAAAACCAAUCCAUGUUGAGUCAGGCAGCUCUACUACCCAUAUAUAACAGGUCAAUUAUAUCAAUUGCUUUUGAAGUUGUUAUGAAAGAGGAAUUAAAUUAAAUUAUUAUAUGAAUUAUGGACAGUCCCUAUCAUAUAACAAGCCCGUCAUAUUCAAUGACUAAUAUCAUAUUGUAAAAAUGUUAUGUGUCUUGAUUGUAACUAUUAUCCUUUUAAUUUCAGAUCCUGCUGUUUGCUUUCCUGAAAGUCAUCGAGGAGGGCAGUCACAUGGUGAUGAUGGAGUGCCCUGACACAGUCAACACCCUCCUGCACGAGUUUUUCCUAUGGGAGCCUGACAUGUCCAAAAAGAACGCAGCCAAGACUGAUCCUGACAAGACUGUUAUAGUCAAUGGUGUUGUCGCCCAGACACCAAAACCAAACAAGCCCAUGGACAAAUAACCAAUAGAGAGUCUCAUUUUACAUGAGCAAACCCAAUCCGAGGGCCUGUCUUUGGCAGGUGGCACAUGGUCUUAAGGCUGCUCGCAGGCUGAGAGCUGUUAUUAACAGGGCCGGAGUUUGUUGUGGAAGUGGAGGGGAGGCAACUGGUGCUCCAAGCUAGAGUUGGCAUUUGAAUAGGACUUAGCACUGUGGCAAGAAGAAAGGAAAGGAUGGAAGGAAGAGGAAUCUGAUGCAACGACAGAGAUGCGUGUUUCUGUUUCCCCUUUGACAGCUGUCUGUGCUUCAUCAUGUGGUGUAUGUAAUCAGACAGACCUCGGGUCCAGAGGAUGUUAUUAAAACAAAAUAUCCAUUCGUAAUUCUCUCAAGUACCAAACUCGGUUGGUGAGUGGGUUAUUAUGAACUGAAGUGAGGAGGGCAUGAUCAUUAAGUGGUGUGUGGAUCGCCUUGCUACCUAUCAUCCAUUAUCUUGUGAGUAAUAUAUCACUGCUGAUUGGUGUCCUGAUGAAAUGAUGAUCUUAUAAAACUGGGUCCAUAUUAUGGAUUCACUUCAAAGGGGAAAAUAAUGAACUUGGAAAACUGUGAAACUAUCCAGACAAUACAAGUCAAUGAGUGGCUGUGGUGUAUUAUGGGAGUAAGAUUGCUCAUGCCACAUUGCGAUCCAGUUUGCAUGAGGUCAUCAUUGUAAUCAUCCCCUACUGAGCAGGUUAUAGACUAAAGUGUUGACUGGAUGGAAGUGGUGAAUGGAUUGGUAAUUGUUAUGGCAAAUAUACAUGCAAUAAGUACUACAAGACAUACACCACACACCUAAACAAAUGGGCCAUACAAGUUCAACAACCUCAUAAAAUAUUAUCAAGCCAAAGUAAAGAUGUUAAAACAUAUCCUUGAGCAAACUAAAUAUCUGUCAGUUACAGUCAGUAUCUGUCAACCUUGUCGUACACUGUGCAUUCAUUCAUGCUUGGGUACAGGUUCGUUUUUGAAACAUAAUGAUUAAUUGAUGCACAACAUGGAGUGGAGUAUUUUGCCGUGUUGUCCGAUAUGAUGCAUUUAGAACCCUAUGCUUACUGUGUGUCUACGUCAUGAACUAUCUAACCUAACUGGACCAUUUGAAGUUGCUGCAUGAACAGGCUUUUAAGAUAUGUCAGAAUUUUCUUGUCAACAUGCUUUGACAGUCGAGAAAUCCAAAAACCUCCACUGUCCUCUGAGAGUAUAAUCUAAGCGGCAUUAUGGACAGAGGAGAAGUUGGACCAAAGCUUUAGUGAUAGGCAAUCCAAAUAAUGUAAGAGUAUUCUAUAACAAUUAUUUUGAAAUACUGAUGCUAGUUAUUCAACUUCCAAUAGUGCAACUAAUUUUGCCUCUGAAUUUGAUGUAACAACAUUAAGAAUGAUGUUGUUCUUCUGUCUACCAGAUAGUAAAGCAAAGCAUUUUCCUCCACUGCCCUCCAGUCAAUCUGUUUGUGCUUGCAAUGUCAAAGGUCAUCCAUGAUUAUAACCUAAAGGACAUAUGUUUUCAGGUUUCUCAUUUGUGAACGUUUUCUUGUCUCAUAAUGAGAGUGUGUCAUUAAUCUGUGACUAAGAAGUAUGAAGCACAGUAACACAAUUAUCUGGUUCGAUGUCUCCGACUGCUGCACACUGCUUAGUGCAUAUGCAUUAUUCUGAGAAAGGAUGCGAGAUGAUUAUGCAAUUUGAAACGAGAUGAGUUAUGAACUGUAGAGAAAGAUAAUGCAUAAGUAAUGGAAACAAGUAGGAUGAGGAACCAAUGAGUUUGACCUAGCUGUUGAAAAGAAGAUGUAUUCAUGUAGACUGUCUAAAAUACCAUGAAGUGCUGCUGAUGCAGUCUGCUAAUGCACUGUAUAGAUUGUUCCGACAGCUAUAUGGACUGCAGGGCACACAUUUGCUUCCUCCGCUAAAUGUAUUUUUAAAACGGUCCUAUCCAGUGUGCUAUCAUUUGUGGUUCAAAAUGUAUAAAUGUCAUUAAUGCAUUUAUUCAUAGACAUCAGAACUCAUGCACUGCCUGAAUGUAGGUGCAUAUAAAAAUC